AUUUAAUCAAAAACUACGAUAUGAUAGGGAAUCUUAUGAGUUAGGAAAGCUUUCAAAAUCAAAUAAUAUAAUAAUAAAUUUAAUUAUAGAAUGUCUAUCGAAGCUUUGAUGGAGCAGAUUCCAGAAUUAAAAUGGAUCAUUUUUUAAAAGUAUAAUCCUAGUUUAUUAAAUGUUUCAAUAAUCUUAUACGUCAUUAAAAUAAUAAGAAAAAAUCUGGUAUAAUAGUGCUGCCUUAUUAGGGAGCUCAAUUUUAUGUCCACUUUAAGGAUGAAAUAAAUCUAAAAAAAGCUAAAGUCUUUGAAUCUACCGAUAGUAACUUUGGAUAGUUCUCUUUAUUAAAGCCUUAACUGCCAUUCAUACCUUUUUCACCAUUCCAAACUAUACCUCCUCAUUACUCUUAAGAAUUAUUAUUCUAAAGGAUGAAUCCCAUGAUGUAGAGUCAAGACAGGUUUCCUGCUCAGCCCAAACAAACUAAACAAUAAGCCAAACACUUCAAGUUGAAAGAGAAAUUUCUGGUUUUUUCAGGUAAGGCUGAAGAAUCACAAUCAUAUCACUCAGAAGAUUAAGAUUAUGAUGAGAAGGUGUCAGAUCAUUCUUUCUCAAUUAGAAAAUCAAAGAAGAUCAACAAAGUCAAUGACACUAAAAACAUCACCAAAAACUUUUCGAAGGCUAUCAUAAGUUACAUCACUCAAAACAAAGACAUAGGAUUAAGGUUGUUGGACGCUAGAGAGUUUGAAGAUUUUAUGACAAUACUGAAAGAGAAGAAAAAUAAGAUGACAAAUAUCCAAUAAUUAAGGGAAUUGUGGGUUGAUUGUGAUGAUGAAAAACUAAAGUAAUUCAAUCAUACCUUUAGAAUAUUUAGGUAUAGUAAUAUAGUUAAAUAUAAUAGUCAAUAUUUCUUAAGGUAAUAAUCAGUUGCAUACAUCUACAAUUCUCGAAUCAUGAAUACAGGAUGGCACUUAAAAUAUAGAUAUAAUUUGCUAAGAGCAUUAAGAGAACCCUAAAAUUUCAAAUACAUUAAAGAUAUUUGA